AUGAGAUCUAGCGUUAGUAAUAGUAGUAGCGUUUAGCCUCCUCAUUAGCAUCUCGAAAGGAUGUACGAACUGCUUAUUGGUCAAACUUUAGAUGUUGAAACAUAAUUAAUAGGAACUCUACUUUCAAAAAGCGGGAAUUUAGAAAAGCAAAUUGAAGAUAUUUAGGUUAUUAUGAACUAAUUGAGGCUCAAAAUUCUUUAAAAUUCUUUGAGUGUGAUAGAAAAUAUAGUUUCAUCUAAAGAUGCAAGCUAAAGCUACUUGGAUUUUAAGCGAAUUGUUGAUGAAAACUCAGAAAAGUACCGCUAAAUAUAAAUAUUCAAUCAAAUGAAAAGUAUCUUAAACCAAAAGAUAGUAGCAAAAAUAGAAAUCUUAAAUAAUUAAGCAUAAAAUAAUGAAGAAUUAAGGACUUAGGUUUUGGCGGAUUUGGAAAGUUUAAACAACAAUUUAGAAAAGGUAGACAAAGCUCUGUAAAGGUUUUAAAGCAUUUAAGAAAUUCACCCUUUCGCUACUGGCUUUUCAGUAUUAAAAGAUUUGCAAUAAAGCCAGCAAUAUGAAAACUUUCUUUAGUAUGAUACCUAGCGUAGCUAUACAUACGGAGAGAAUAGCAUAGCAAAAGAUAAAUUAUAAAUUCAUGAGCAAAAGUUCUCUAAUAAGAAUAAUCAUAAUGAAAAUUAAGAUGCUGAUGAUGAAAUUGAAGAAUCUAACAUCUAUGCAGACGAAGCAGUAAGUAUGAAUGAAAUUACUCAAUCAAAUUUGUAUGCAACUUAAGAUUUAAAUUUAAAUUAAAUGUAAAAUCAAAAUAACAACAUUAGUCAUAAUAACUAAAGCUAUCAAAGCUACUAAAAACCUCGUGUAGAUGAUUUACAUCAUUCAAAUCUUAAAUUAAUUACUCCUGUUGUCUAAAAACUCAAUUCUAUUGGAUACAAAACCGAACCUGAUUCAGCCAUGACACCUCUGCAUUCAGCAGAUAUGAUAAAAACAAGUAUGUAUAAAACACCUUCAGAUAAUAAUAAUAAUAACAAUAACAAAAAGCUUUUUAAAAACAAUUUGAAUGCAAUUUAUCAGAGUAACUUUGAUAGUCAUGAUAUCAACUAGAUUAUAAAUAGCGAUACUGGUGAGAAUGAAGAAUAAAAUAGCUACAUUCCUCCUAGUCUCUAGAUUCAAGGUAGCGAAACAGUUAGUGCUGGUGAUUUAAUUAGUCCUCAAGUAACCAAUAAUAAUGAAAGGACUAUUGGUUGUACAAGUUUCAACAAGAGCAUUGAGUCUUCAUCUCAGAAUUACUCUACAUAGUUUGAUGCUGCCAGUGAAACAAAAAAUGAGAAUAAUAUUUUAACAUUUGGAAAUAACAACAAUCUUUUGAAUAAUUUGAAAACUGACUAGAACUCAGUUUUUAAUAGUAAAACUCAAAACUACUAAAAAAAUAACAAAAAUCAAUAGUAGUAAAAUAAAGAAGAUGAAGCAUAAUAAAAUAAACUAAUUGACAUGUUUGACGCUUGCUUAAAUAGCCUCUAGUAACCUGAUUUAAUUACUAUGAAAAGAUAUAAGGACUAACUUGAAGCCCAAAAAAAGAUUGUUGAAGAAGAAGAAAAGUAAAGUGAUAGCAUUGAUGAAUUUGUGCUUCAUGAAAAAGAAAUAAGCUAAAAUAUUUAUUUGAAAAAUCAAAAUGAAUAAAAACAAUAAAUUUAAGAAGAACAAGAAUCGAUUAAAUUUAAUGGAGUUAAUAUCAGCAAUGUUCAUGAAAUUGAAGAAUGCAAAGGAGAUAAUUCUUUUUUUUCUCAAAAAGAUUUUAGUAUGACACAUACAAAUUACAAUACAGAAAAAGAUAAGAAAAAGGAAAAUGCUGCUUAAAAUUAAGAGCCAAAAUUUAUUUCUACAUUUGGUUUAAACCAAAGCACAGAGGACCCCUAAGCAGCUUACUUAGAGUAAAAAUUUGGCAAAGAGCACUUUGAUAUAGAUUAAUUUUCAUACGAAAAAGAGCUUGAAGAUAAAAUAAAUUCUCUUAAAAAACAAUUGUUUUCAAAUGAAACGCUAGGAUCUUUUGCAAAAAUUACAGGUAAUUUCAACAAUAAUGAAAAUCUUCUUCAGAUAAAAUCAAACGUAGAUACAAUUAAGCCAGUUAUUACUAGAAAAGAUGAAUUAGAAGCAUUAGGAAUCAAGGAAGGUCCAGAAGCUGAAUAAUUCUAAAUAGUAGAAGAAUCACCUGAAUUUUAGCUAUAAGAUGAUAAUAAUAAUGAUUCCAAUAAUAAUUCUAUUAACAAGAAGGUGAGUUAAUAAGAAAACAGCUAAAACAGUAAGAAGCUAUUUGAAGAAUCUAACAGAUUCUAUUAAACUUUAGAUGAAGAUACUUUGAAAGAAAUAUAAUAAUAAAGAUAUUAAAAGUCUGAAGAGCUCUAAUUAAAUAAUUAAAUUGGAGAAGAAGAGGAAGAAGAAAAUUAAGAAUAGGAAAAUGAGCUCUAAAAGUUAUAAGAUUCUACUUAAAAAGAUGAUGAAGAAAAUACUUCAAUACCAAGGUCUACUUUGGCUGAAAAUUAAUUUAUUUAGCCAGCAAAUAAAGAAAUUCCAAAUUAUGCUGAUCAAUAUGAAAAUUUGGUAAAUCAAUUUUUAAGCAAGCCAAAUAAUUUUUCAUAAGAACUUUAAAUUAAAAAUGAUAAAAAAUAAUCAGUAUUUGAUUAGAUUAAUUCUUAACAGCAACAAAAUAAGCAAUAAAAACUGCAAAAGCCGAACUUCGAAAACACAUUUGGUAUUGAUCUAAAAGAGCUUUCACUGAAUAAUUCUAAAAAAUCAAGUUAAGUAUAGUCUGAUCAAUAAGAACUAUCAAAAAAACAAUCUGUCAAUGAAUCAAUCUAAGAAGAAGAAGAAGCUAAGAAAAAUGAUACUCAAUCUUAGUAAAUCUUACAAAAUGAUUUUAUUAGGUAAAAAGAAUACACUAAAUGUAGAAUCUUUGAGGUUAAUGAUUUCUUAAAAAACUCAAAUUAUAAUUCUAAUGAGUCUAAUAAAGAUAAUUUGCAAGAUUCUCUUAAAUAAAAAUAGGAGCCAGUCUAAUAAAACAAACUAACUAGCAAACUAGUUAAUUAGCUUUAAGCUAAAAACAAAGUAAAUGAAAGAUAUAGUGAGAAAACAUAAGAAAUCAAUAGCAAUCAAGAGUAAGAAUAAGGUGAAGAAGAUAACGACUUUGAGAGGGACGAAACACCUUCAUUCUUAGAUGAAUUUAAGAACAACAUGGCAAAUAAAAAACCAAAAAAUAAAAUGUACCAAAAUUUCAUGCAAGAUAUAGAAAAUACAAAUUUAUAAACAAAAAACUAAAAAAUAUUCUAAAAUAAGGCAAUUAAUUCUUAUGAAAGCAAUGAAAGUUAAAUAAAGCAAUAAGAAUUUUUAAAGACUGCUCAUUUUGAGUCAUCAGAGAAAUUUUUAAAUGAGAGACUUGAGAGAGAGUAACUCAGUAAAAAAAAUAUUAAAAAUUAAGUCCCUUAAUAAUUACCUGUUGAAGAAGAAAGUGAAUACUAAGACAAUGAUGAAGAAUUAGAAUAAGAAGAAGUUGGAGAAGAAAGCAAAUAAUAAAAUGAAGAAUAAAAUCAUGUACUAGAAGAGCCUAUUGAAUCGCUAAUGGAAGAUUACCCUAUGCUAUUUUAAAAUGCCUAACUUUAAUAGCUGGUAAGCCAGUAAAAAUAGAAAUAAGAUCUAGCUAAAACGACUAAAUUGAGUUAGAGACCUAAACAAAUGUAAUUAAACACUCCAUAAUAAAAUCUUAAAAAAAGCAAUAACACAAUAGAAAAUAAGUCAAACAAUACAAUUAAUAAUGUAAAUAAGAUAAAUGCAGGCUAAACCAUAUAAUCAUAAUAGAAUACUGGUGCUAAAAAAAUUCCUCCUAAAAAACCUGUUGUAAAUAGUAAUACAUAGAAUAAUACAGCUAGCAAACCAAAUUUAAAUCAUAAAUCUAAUAACAGCUUAACACAGCUUAACUCUGGAAUCACAUAAACAGCAGCCACUGAGAAAGAAAAUUAUAAAUCUCUUUAAAAUUCAGAAAUAAAAUAAAAUCCAUCAGAAAUAUCAGAGUAAAGUGAACAAGUAAACUUAUAAAGAACUCUUAAAAACACAAAACCUAAAAUUGGAAUAGCAGCUGCUGAAAAGCCAAAAAUUCGUUCCUCGUCAAUUAAAAAUGAUGAUGAAGAAUCAUAAAAUAAAAAACCAACAAAAACUAAUUUGCCUCCUCCUUCAAACAAAUAAUAACAAAUUUAAAGCUAAGAGUAACCAUAACUUAAAGACGAUAAGGAAGAUCAGUAAAAGCUUAAUCCAGGUUUAAACAAAGUGAAAUCAAGCUAAAACUUUAGUGGGAAAAAAAUAGUAAACUCUUGUGCAGUUGUAAACAAGAAAUUAUAAUGA